AUGGCAAAACUGGAAAGGACCCCGGACACUAUUCAGUACAAAGUUCUUUCCAGUCACUAUGAACCAGACCGUAGUGCACUUAAAAAAAGGGAAUGGGAGCGGAGGAAUCAAGAAGUCCAGCAAGAAGAAGAUCUGUUUUCUUCAGGCUUUGAUCUUUUUGGGGAGCCCUACAAGACAAACAAAGGUGACGCACUUGCCAACCGAGUCCAGAACACGCUGGGGAACUAUGAUGAAAUGAAGGAUUUGCUAACUAACCAUUCUAAUCAGAACCAGCUAGUGGGAAUCCCAAAGAAUUCCGUGCCCCAGACUCCCAUCAACAAAAACGAACCCAGCUUUUUCCCAGAGCAAAAAAACCGAAUGAUCCCACCUCACCAGGAUCAUACCCACCCCUCAGCACCAAUGCCGCCACCUUCUGUUGUGAUACUGAAUUCAACCCUAAUACACAGCAACAGAAAAUCUAAGCCCGACUGGCCACGAGAUAGCCCUAACCCCGGCACUGUACCAGGAAGCCAGGCCACUGGUCAGCCAAGCAAGAUGCCAGCGUCAGCACAAGACCAGCCUCAAGCCCGACUGGAAGACUUCUUUGUGUACCCAGCCGAACAGCCCCUGACUGGAGCAGCUGAAGAGCCAAACCCAACUGCAAAGGAAGACAGCAACCCCCAAUCCAAUGGAGAGGAGACUUUCAAAGAAAUCUUUCAAUCCAACUCACCAGGAGAGUCUGAAUUUACAGUGCAAGCACCUGGGUCUCCCCUAGUUGCCUCCUCUUUAUUAGCUCCCAGCAGUGGCCUUUCUGUUCAAAGCUUCCCACCAGGGCUUUACUGCAAACCAAGCAUGGGACAGCAGAAGCCAACUGCAUACGUAAGACCCAUGGAUGGCCAGGACCAGGCCCCGGACAUCUCGCCAAUAUUAAAGCCUUCGAUCGAAUUCGAGAACAGCUUUGGAAAUCUGUCGUUUGGAUCACUCUUGGAUGGAAAGUCCAGCGCAACCAGUACAAAGACUAAACUGCCAAAGUUCACGAUUCUUCAAACAAAUGAAGUCAGCCUUCCCAGUGAUCCAAGCUGUGUGGAGGAAAUCCUGCGGGAGAUGAGCCCUUCCUGGCCUCCUCCUCUCCCUGCCACGCAAACUCCUGGAAACGCUGAGCAGGGCACAUUUGCCAUCCCCGGACAGGAAUCCCAACAUCUGACCCCAGGAUUCACCUUGCAAAAGUGGAGUGACCCAACCAGCAGAGCUUCUACAAAGAUGCUUGAGGAUGACCUGAAGCUGAGCAGUGAUGAAGAUGACCUUGAACCUGUGAAGACCUUGACCACUCAGUGCACUGCCACUGAGCUCUACCAGGCUGUUGAAAAGGCAAAGCCUAAGAAUAAUCCUGUAAAUCCACCUUGGACAACUGCCCCGCCCCCAGCCACAGUGCAAGCCAAUGGCGGGUCUGCAAGCUCCAGUGACUCCGAAAGCAGCUCCGAGUCGGACUCAGACACCGAGAGCAGCACCACUGACAGCGAAUCCAACGAGGCCCCCCGAGCGGCCACGCCAGAGCCUGAGCCACCCUCCACCAACAAGUGGCAGUUGGAUAAAUGGCUUAACAAAGUGACAUCCCAGAACAAGUCAUUUAUUUGUGGCCAGAAUGAAACACCCAUGGAGACAGUUACUUUGCCUCCUCCAAUCAUCCAGCCAAUGGAAGUCCAGAUCAAGGUGAAGACCAACCCCAGCCAGAUCCUGCCUGAGCCCAAAGAAAGGCCCCUCCUCAGUCUCAUUCGAGAAAAAGCUCGUCCACGGCCCACCCAGAAAACACCAGAAUCAAAGGCUUUGAAGCAUAAAUUGUCAACAACUCUUGAGACAGCCUCUCAAAGGACAAUUGGGAAGAAACAGCCCAAAAAGGUAGAUAAGAACACCGGCAUUGAUGACUUAACCUGGCCCAAACCAAAUAUUACCAGCAGCACUCCCAAAGGAAAAGAAAGCAUGGCACUUCCGGACCCACCACGAGGCCGCAACAAAGCCACCAGCCACAAACCAGUCCCAAGGAAAGAACCAAGGCCUAACAUCCCAUUGACUGCCGACAAGAAGAAGUACAGAGGGCCUGGCAAGAUGGUGCCCAAGUCCCGGGAAUUCAUUGAAACGGAUUCUUCUACAUCUGACUCCAACACAGAUCAGGAAGAGACCCUGCAGAUCAAAGUCCUGCCUCCUUGCAUUGUCCCCGGGGGGAAUGUUGCCAAAUCCAAGGAGACCUGUGGUGCCAGCCUGACCCUCAGCACCUUCAUCAAUGGUGGCAUCAACAACAGCAACUUAGCCGCCACCAAUGAGGAGCCAAGUCUGUCACCCCUCCCUGUCCUGCACGCCGAGCUGCUGUCCCCUUUACGAGAUCAGGAGAAUCUGAAAAAUCUCUGGGUGAAGAUUGACCUUGACUUACUCUCUAGAGUGCCUGGCCACAACUCAUUCCAAGCUGCGCCCGCCAAGCCGGACCACAAAGAAACUGCCUCGAAACCGAAGCGUCAGACUGCUGCCCCAGCUACAGAAAAACCCGCCCCUAAGGGAAAGCGUAAGCACAAGCCAACAGAAGUUGCAGAGAAAAUUCCUGAGAAGAAGCAGCGCCUGGAGGAGGGCACUACGAUCUGCCUGCUCCCACCUUGCAUCUCACCAGCCCCACCCCACAAGCCUCCCAACACUAGAGAAAAUAAUUCAUCCAGGAGAGCAAACAGAAGGAAAGAAGAAAAGCUCUUCCCUCCUCCACUUUCCCCAUUGCCAGAGGACCCUCCACGCCGCAGAAACAUCAGUGGCAACAACGGUCCCUUCAUUCAUGAAAAAGUCAUCCCCGUGACUGGACAGGUCACCUCGACCAAACCUAAGAGAAGCGAAGGCAAAUUCUGUGCAACUUUCAAAGGGAUAUCUGUGACUGAGGGAGACACUCCAAAAAAGGCAGCCCCUGCCACCAUCACUGUCACCAACACUGCCACCGUCACUGCUACUGCCAUUGUCACCACCACUGUCACGGCCACGGCCACGGCCACAGCCACCACCACAACCACUACCACCACCAUUUCCACCAUCACCUCUGCCAUCACUACUGGCCUCAUGGAUAGCAGUCACCUGGAGAUGACAUCCUGGGCGGCCCUGCCCCUACUGCCCAGCAGCAGCACCAAUGUUCGGAGACCCAAGCUCACUUUUGAUGACUCGGUCCACAAUGCUGAUUAUUACAUGCAGGAGGCUAAGAAGCUGAAGCACAAAGCUGAUGCCCUGUUUGAGAAAUUUGGCAAAGCCGUCAACUACGCCGACGCAGCCCUCUCCUUCACUGAAUGUGGCAAUGCGAUGGAGCGCGACCCCCUGGAAGCGAAGUCUCCAUACACCAUGUACUCCGAGACGGUGGAGCUGCUCAGGUACGCCAUGAGGCUGAAGAACUUUGCCAGCCCCUUGGCUUCAGAUGGCGACAAAAAGCUAGCAGUGUUAUGCUACCGCUGUUUAUCACUGCUCUACUUGAGAAUGUUCAAACUGAAGAAGGACCAUGCUAUGAAGUACUCCAGAUCAUUGAUGGAGUAUUUUAAGCAAAAUGCUUCAAAAGUCGCUCAGCUACCAUCUCCAUGGGUAGGCAAUGGAAAGAACACUCCAUCCCCAGUGUCGCUCAACAACGUCUCUCCCAUCAACACAAUGGGGAACUGUAACAACGGCCCGGUCACCAUUCCGCAGCGCAUUCACCACAUGGCUGCCAGCCACGUCAACAUCACUAGCAAUGUGUUGAGAGGCUAUGAACACUGGGACAUGGCUGACAAACUGACAAGAGAGAACAAAGAAUUCUUUGGCGACCUGGACACGUUGAUGGGGCCUCUGACCCAGCACAGCAGUAUGACCAAUCUUGUUCGCUACGUUCGCCAGGGACUGUGUUGGCUGCGCAUCGAUGCCCAUUUAUUGUAG